ACACCUGCACAGCACCAAGCCAAGACUCCAAAUCGAAACUGCAAGCAGCACCAGCCCUCCCUCACAAAGACUACAACUCCCAGCAGGACUUUGCCCAGCCGCAGGGAGCAUACCUCUGCGGACAGGAGCCCUGCAUGCAAGGCGGCAGCAGGACCAAGGGGUAGCUAAGGCUGGCCAGAGAAUCAGGGGGCCUGGAUCCCGGUGGUUUCAGAGCCCACCAGCAUUUCCUAAGCCCCUCUCCUCCCUGAACCAGGUUCUGUGUCUCUGACUUCUCUCCCCCGGUAGUUUUUACAUCCCUGACACAGACUUCCUGUGAGUCAUCACAGCAGACAUUAGAGAAGUAACUGGAAGAAGAGACCAAGUGUGGUGAUGGGGUAUCCGGCAAGUGACAGCUGAUGAAUUAAAACCUUCUCCCUGGCCAGUUCUGAGGGCAAUGAGAGAAAGCAGAUGAAGGGAAAUAAGAAUUACUGCCCAAAGGGGAGUCAUGAAAACUGGCAUCAGCGCCUUUGUAGGCUCAGAAGCUUCCCUGAGCCUCGGCAGGCCAAGAAAAUUGGAGGACAUGGCAAGAAAGACCCCAGAUGAUCGCUCUUCUUGUGCGUGAGCUUCCUGCCAGCUCAGCCCCGAGAAAUUGGACGAUGGAGAAGCUGACGCUUAUUAAGGUGGAAGUGGAAACUCUUCUCAAGCAACCCCGGGAGAAGAUGUACACUUGCACGAUCUGCGGGGACAGCUUUAAUCACAAGGGCGUCCUAGCCACGCAUCAGAAGACCCAUAAGGAGGAGAUGCUGGUGGAGAACAAGGAGCAGGAGGGAAGUGCCGUCACAGCAGGAAAGCAAACAAGCCAGCAAGCCAGCAGAAGGGCAGAGGAGGCCAGCCAUGAAGGCGUGAACCAGCAGGGAGAUCUCUUGGUGCCGAAGGAAUCCUUGCAGAAAGCAAAGCCCUACUCUUGCACCGACUGUGAGAAGAGCUUCAAGAUGAAGGUGGACCUCACCAAGCACCUCAGGACCCACACAGGGGAGAGGCCUUUCCCGUGCACGGAGUGCGGGAAGAGGUUCAUCACCAAAUCGCAACUGAAGGAGCACCAGAGGAUCCACACCGGGGAGCGACCUUACCAGUGCUCCGAGUGCGGGAAAUGCUUCACGCAGAAGUCACAGCUCAUAGUUCACCGGAGGAUCCACACUGGCGAGAAGCCCUACAAGUGCGGCAGCUGCCAGAAGAGCUUUGUGGACAAGUCGCAGCUGGUCGCCCACCACCGUAUCCACACAGGUGACCGCCCCUUCAAGUGCGGGUUGUGCGCCAGGGGUUUCCGCCAGAAGAUCACCCUCAUUAAACACCAGAGGGUCCACACCGGGGAGGGGGCGCGGCGGCAUGGCGGGCCCUAUACUGGCAACGCCUCGCAGCUCAUCGUUCCCGAGUCGACGCCGGACGGGGAGAAGAUAUUCCGAUGCGGCACGUGUGGAAAGGAGUUCAAGAAGAAGUCGAUCCUGGUGACCCACCAGAGGAUCCACACCGGGGAGGAACCCUACCAUUGCGCCGAGUGCGGGAAGCGCUUCCGGCAGAAGAUCCACCUGAUCCGCCAUCAGAAGACCCACGCCAGGGGGGAGGCCCACGUCUGUGUCGAGUGCGGGGACGGCUUCAGCAGCAAGGGGCAGCUGCUGAGGCACCAGCGGUGCCAGCACCAGAGCGAGGGACCCCACACGUGUCCUGAGUGUGGGAGAAGCUUUAGCCAGAAGGUAGGCCUCAUGGCGCACCAGAGAAUCCAUGAGAGGGAGAAGGGAGAUGGGAGCGUGGCCGCCACUGAGGGGAGCCCUGGUGAGGCGGCAGACGAGAGGCUGCCUGCCAAAAAUGGCAAAGGCAGCAGCCAUCCGGGGGACCUGACGGCGCCUUGUAAGAGCCAGGUCUAUACCUGCACCCAGUGUGGCAAGAUGUUCACCAAGAAAGGGAACUUUGCCAACCACCAGCGGGCCCACACGGAGGAACGGGCGCACCGGUGUGACGUCUGCGGCAAGAAGUUCACCAAGAGGGGGGAGCUGACCAAGCACGAGCGGAUCCACACAGGCGAGAGGCCGUAUGUCUGCGGUGACUGCGGCAAGCGCUUCACCCAGCGCACCCAGCUGGUCACCCACCAGCGCAUCCACACCGGCGAGAAGCCCUACCCCUGCGCCGACUGCGGCAAGCGCUUCAUCGACAAGUCCCGGCUGACGGUGCACCGGCGUAUCCACACCGGCGACCGGCCCUUCCAGUGCGCCGCCUGCGGCAAGGGCUUCCGCCAGAAGAUCGCCCUCAUUAAGCAUCACCGAGUCCAUGAGAGAGGCCGUCCGGAUGGGGAGGUUUCGGGGGGGAAGGAGCAUAAAUGCCCCCAGUGCGGCAGAGGAUUUGGCACCAAGGAGAACCUGGCCAGCCACCAGCGGCUCCACACCACCGAGAGGCCCUUCAAGUGCGGCGAGUGUGGGAAGAGCUUCACGCAGAAAGCCCAGCUGGUGGUGCACCAGCGCAUCCACACCGGGGAGCGCCCCUUCCGCUGCACUGACUGCCACAAGGGCUUCAUCGACAAGUCCCGGCUCAUCGUCCACCGCCGGAUCCACACCGGCGAGCGGCCCUUCAAGUGCACGGCCUGUGGGAGGGCCUUCACCCAGAAAAUCGCCCUGACCACCCACCAGAGAGUCCACAUGAGGGAGCACGAGGCCGCCCGGGAGCCCAACAAAUACUCCAAGCGUAGGGAGAACGACACAGGCAAGGCCGAGCCAGGUGAGGAGUGGCCCUUCCCCUGCAACGUGUGCGGCCGGGGUUUCCGCAAGGAGAUAGCCCUCAUCACCCACCAGCGGGUCCACACCAAGUACGAACCCAACAGGUGCAGCAAGUGCGGCCAGGUCUUCCCUGACAAGGCCCAGCUGCUCCUGCAUCAGCCCUCCCACGCGGAGGACCGGCCCUUUAAAUGCAACACCUGCGGAAAAGAUUUCAAGCGGAAAGAGAUCCUGAUCACCCACCAGAGAAUCCACACGGGAGAGGUGCCUUUCAAAUGCACCGAGUGCGGGAAAAGCUUCUCCCAGAAAGCCAACCUCAUGAAACACCAGCUCACCCACACCCGGAGGGGCCCCUUCAUCUGCUCUGAGUGUGGGCAGAGCUACACCACCUUGGGGCAUUUUAAAAGGCACCAGAGGAACCAUCUGAGAAAGCGGGAGGGGAAAGACUUGGCAGAGGAGCAGGAUGCAGACGGGCUGCCGGAGACGGGCGUGCACAACGGGCCCAUCAUCGUGGUCAAGACAGAAGUCAAUACAGACGACUAUGCGGUCUUGCAGGUCCCAUGACACCGCCCUCAGCAGGGAGCAGUGCGUGUGUGUAAAGGGAUCCUCCGGAGGCAAUGCAGGAGUAAGGGCCCUGGUGCUGCCAACCCCUAGCGUUCAAAGAAUCCCGGAUCAAGCUGCCCCCUCCAGUCAUGAGAUUGGCUAAAAUGUCAUGAGAUUUGAGAAAAAAUAAUACGUGUGGGGUUCUUUUUAUAAGCCGUUGGGGGUCACGUUUUCAUGGGCUAGAAACUUACUUUUUCCAAUGAAAUCUGUGAUUUUGGAUGUCUUCACGUGACUCCUGGAGCUGGGGCUUUAAGGAAAAGCACCAAAUAUCCCAAGAGUUGGCAACCCUGACUCUUCCGUAGAUCAGUAUCUUAGCACUCAGCAGCACCAAAUAGCAAUAUUAAGCCAGCUGACCUGGGUUGCUGGUGGUCCAUGGGAGAGCAUCAGCGAUUCACUGCAGUGUAAAACGUCACCAGUCAUCAUUCCAUACAACAGUAAGAGAGGCAGACAUCAUCACAGGCCUCCAUGUGGAUGGACCGGUGGACCCAUGCAGAGCCCCGUUGAAGUCAAUAGGCUCCCCAUGGGAUGCAGACAUCCAUUUGUAUGGAAGGGUUAGCUGGAUCAGGGCCAAUGUACCUAGAAAGAGAGCACCUGCUUGAAACAGAGAUAGGUCCAGAUCCUCAAAGGUAUUUAGGUGCCUAAUUCCCAUUGGCAUCCACAGGGAGUUAGAUGCCUAAAUACCUUUGAGGAUCUGGGCCAUAGUGUUUACUUCAAAGUCUGAUCUUUUUUGAUGAUCACGCUUUAAAAUACGCUCACAUACGGUUUUAUUUCGCUAUGCGAUCACCAGUUUUAUUGUUUCAAUACAGGACAUUCACUGCAAAAGCACCAUUCUGGUUGAGGGUUGAAAUACGCAGGUUGCCUGAUUCACGGCUACGUUAUUCCGGUUUAAAUCUGCUGAUUCCAGUGGUGUAAAACUGGAGGAACGGAGCGGGAAAUCACACCCAAGCUAGCUCCGGUUUUGCUGUCAGCUCCUCAGCUGCUGCACAUGGGCAGAGCUCAGCUGAAGUCACUGGAAGUACCCCAACUUGCAUCAGCUGAGAAGCUGGUCCGGGAUUCCCACAUGAAGCAUUUCUCCCGCACUCUUGUGUCUGUAUAUUCCAGCAGUUCAGUGUCCAGGAGCCCAGAGUAUGAUAUGUAGACAAGGGGAUGACAUUAGGAAGAAACUAUAACUUUGACUAUCCUCUCUGGUUUGCGUUUAAAUUCUUAACCAUAGCAUUGCCCUGGCCUGAGGCCCUUCCCCCUCUGUAGAAAAUCCAUAUGAGAGGAAAACGUGGGCCAUGAUCCUGAGAACCUGUAACUCCCAUGGCUUCCCAACAGUGUGAUCCAGGAGAACUUGUGUCCCAAGCCUGCCGGUCCCAGGGCAUUUGCAGGGCGGGUUGUCUACCUCUUCCCCUUCACUCCUUGCUCGCUGGCUGUAAGUCUCGCUAAGGCCUUAUACGGCUAUGGGUUCCCAGCUCCCCUGGGUUAAAGCUGCUGGGAUUGCUAUGUAACGUGGCUCUCUCCUGACUCCGCCCUGUGCAACCCCAUGAAAAGCCACUGAGCUCCAGUCACAUGGAGGCUCGGGGAUGAAGAGAGCAAUGGCAGCUGUAGGGACGGCUCAGCACUGCAGCUCCAUCCAUCCCAUCUGCCCCCGGGCGGCCGGGAGGAUGGCAGGGCUCGGCCUUGGUUUGGAAUGAAAGUAAGCACCAUUUCAUCCAUACCUGCUGCCUUCUGCUCUCUCUCCUCUUCCCCAGCAGAGUCAGGCUUUGCAUUAUAGACGGGAGCUUGGUUCCUCCAGGGUACGUCUCCACUGCGGCAGGGAGCGAGCCGCCUAGCCCGGGGAGAUGGCCUUGGGUUAGCAGGGCUCACGCUAGCAUGCUACAUAAUAGCUGUGUGGCCAUUAUGGCACCGGCAGAGGCUCAGGCGAGCCACGCGAUCUGAGACCCACCCUUCCUAGCCUGAGCCUCCACCCGGGGCCACAACAUCCACUGGGCUGUGUUUGAGCGUGCCAGCCCAAGGCGCCCCAGACUCCUUGCUGCAGCGGAGACGUGCCCGAAGAGUUCACGGAUCCCUCCUGGGGCCUCCCUUCUUGACGUCAGCACGCUCCAUUUGCGACAACAGAGACGCAUGGGAGUUCGAGGUGGAAAAGCCUCAUUCGGUCAUUUCCCUUCCAAUGCAGGAUUCCCAACUUUUGUCUAGGGUGACCAGAUGUCCCCAUUUUAUAGGGACAGUCCCAAUUUUGGGGUCUUUUUCUUAUAUACGCUCCUAUUAUGCCCCGCCCCCUGUUCCGAUUUUUCACAUUUGCUGUCUGGUCACCCUACUUUUGUCCAGUCCAGUUUUUAAAUGUCCCAAAGGAAAACGGCUGCCCCGAUUUCCCUGGGGAGACUGUUCCACAGCCUAAUAGCUAUUGAGAAAGUUCCCCUGAUAUUCAUCUUAAAUGCUCCCUUUCUUAGAUUCCUUCCAUUGCCCUGAAUAUCACACCAAGAAUGAGGCCCAGUGUUUUACUGCACAGGGUCUGCUGAAAUCCUGGGCUGGAUCAUGCAAUAUGGAAGUGCAUCGCUGCUUGCAGGGAGUGCCAAGAGGAGCAGCAUUAACUAAACAGUGAUGGAGGGUUUAAUAAGUCUAUGACUAUCUGAAUGCUGUGGACACCAAAGAGGGAGAGGAAUGAUUUAGGCUCUGAUCCUGCAAACACUUUUACACAUGCAUAACUUUUAGCACAUAGAUAUGCCCAUCGACUUCAACAGGAUUGUUUGUAUGCUUCAAGUUCAGCACGUUUAAGGGCCUUAAUCAUUUCCUCUCCCUCCGUGGCGUGCACGGCAUUCCGAUAGUCCUAGACUUCUUGUGCCCUCCAUCAUUAUUUAGCUCAUGCUGCUCUUCUCGGCCCCCCACUCAGCAAUCCAUUCCCAUAUUGCAGAAUCCAGACCAGGACGUAGGCACACCCUGUGGGAUAAAACUGAGCAGUACAAAUUGGGGUCCAGAGCUGACCCAAACAAAAAUGGCAAAACUUUAACUCUUUUGUUUUGCUUUUUUUCCAAAACUGACUAAUUUUCUCGGUUUUGGAAAUUUCCUCCAACCUUUUUUUAAUUGACUCCCUCCCACCCCCCCAAAAAAUUUUUAGAACGUGAAAAUAGAAAAUGUUUGGUUUAGGAAAAACUCCACCUGUGAUUAACUCAGGCAAUCAAAAUUGGUGCUGAACACGUAAAGGGUAAACAAAAACGAAUACAUGGAAAAAAAUCAUUGAAAAAAAAGGAACAAUGUUGAAAAAUCAAGCUGUUUACCAAUAUUUGGGGGGGAGGGGGAUUCCCUAAAAGGUAAUUUUUUUUGGUCCAGCAUAUUCUUUGUUCCAUAUUUUUUGGCCAGCUCUACUGUGUUUCUCAGUCUGCGAGCUAGAGAACAACACUGACCUCAGUGAACAAUCCCAUCUUUACUACACCUGAGUCCUAGCUCCUGAGCUACACGGCACUUCGAAUAAGUUAUCCAGCAAAUGCAACCCUUUAUUCGAUGUCUUGUUUUCAAACUGAUCCUGUUUUCUGACACUCAGUCAGUAGCUUGCAAGUGUGCCCCAAUUUAUAUGAACAAAUGUAAGUCAUGGUGAGUUUGGGAACUAUACAUUCGGUGAUGUGUGAUUGGUCACCUAAAUCACAUGGCAUUGUUUCUAUCCCCGACUGGACGAUUAGCUUCUCAAACAGGAGAACAACAAAUGAAAUAGCCUAUGGUGUUUGCAGGCAACUAUGCAAAUAAGGACUAGAAAUUCCUCAAACAUCCAUGCCAACAAAAACCCAUGCAAAAGUUCAAGAAUAACCAGUAGUAAGGAGCAUGACCAUGGCCCAGCCCAAAACUCUUUGGAAGCUGACUGGACAUUCAUUAACUCUGUUUUGGCAAUUGUCGUCAGCUCUCCAGAAAAGUGUGACUUCAGAGGGGGAUCUGGUAAUGUGAGCAGAUGAAUUUUUGAGAGAACAAAAGAUCCUGUUUUCUUGCAAAUACUCCUAGGAAUAAAAAUAAAAUAGAACUUUUAAAACUGAUGCCUGCAGUAGUCAAAUGCUCACAGUUUUCUAUGUGACAUCUUGGCUCUGUAAAGCCGUAUUGGCCAGUGCAACCUGCAAAUGAGAGAACAGUAGGACAGCAUUUGAGAGUGAGAGGGGAAAUGGGUUGGGACGAGAUCCAGAGAAGGAGCUUUCGUAAACAGGCCAGCAAAACAAAAAAUGUACCACUCCUGCUGAAUAGCAUCAGAACAGAGCAACCUUUCAGCUUCAACUAGACUCCCCAGACACUGAGGAGAGAUGAACUGGAACGGUUCAAAACAAACACCCACUUGUAUCAGUUGCUUUUCUUGAUCUGUUUAAAAGGACAGCAGUACCUUAAGGUGCCUUGACUCAUAACAGUGGCCCGCUUGUAACUCACAGGUUCGUCUUUCCAAUCAAGGUUUGUAGUAAGGACCAUCCAACAAUUUUGCACAAGGAGGAUAGCUUCCUAUUUAUACAUAACCACCAGUCUGAAGUGAAGCCAGAGCUUAAGGAAGAAGUGGAACGGGAAGUCAGCGCUGCAAGAGGCAAGGAUCUGUUUGCUUUGCAGUGUGCCGGGACCUACUCUGUAUCUACCAUCCCAGUUUGAUCCCUAGAUGUCACUAGAGGUAGCUAGACCUCUUGAAGAAGAAGGGAAGCCCGUUGAGAUUGGGAGAUGUUUUGCAGAGAAGGGAGAUUUGUGAAAAGGCCAGUACACACAGAUGGGGAUUUCAAUUUCCCAGAUAUAUUUUUACACUUUCUUUUUAUUUAUUAUAAUCCAGAAUGUAUUACUGCAGAAUAUUAAUGAACUAGCAAGACCCAUGGACCUCACCUGUUAUCCAUGUUGGGAACACGCGUGUUCUCUCAGCAACCUCCCAUACAAUUCAUUGAUCUUCUUUGCCAAUUUUCUUUGCUGGGCUUCUUUUAUUUUCAAAUUAAUUUAAUUCUUUCCGUUUAUUAUUGUUUUUUAAUUCAAUCAUUUCUGGCACAUGCUGUGUUGUAUGCAAUGUGAUCCUUAUGCUUAUCCACCUCCUUAGCUGAGAUUUUUACUGUAAUCCUCUCAUUUUUGAGGUGUUUUGUUUUUAUUUUUCUGAAUAAAAAGCUUUACUG